UAGACUCCAUUUGACCACAAGUCCAGUCUCACUGAGCUCCGCCAUGCCUCACUCCACCACCGACCUCCGCCAUGGCUGAUUCCUAGAUCUCACUCUCCUUUUUAACAUCCUCUUCCAUGGAGAUUCAGCUGCUUCCAAAAUUUAUAUUGUUUGAUUUCUGAAAAAAGUUCGACACAAUUUCUUCAGUUUAUCUAACCGGAGUUUUGAAAAAUGGCGGAGAUGGCGGAGGCGACGAAGGCAAUGCCAGCGCCGGCAGAGAAGAAGAAGGAACAAAGUGUACCGUUCUACCAGCUGUUCUCAUUCGCAGAUAAGUUCGAUUACGUGCUCAUGAUUCUCGGUAGCAUCGGCGCCAUCAUUCACGGAUCUUCCAUGCCUUUUUUCUUCCUUUUGUUCGGUCAAAUGGUGAAUGGUUUCGGGAAAAAUCAAUCCGAUUUGAGUACAAUGACUCAUGAAGUCUCUAAGUAUGCUCUGUAUUUUGUCUAUCUUGGAUUGGUCGUGUGCGUAUCGUCUUACGCAGAAAUCGGAUGUUGGAUGUAUACCGGAGAACGACAAGUAAGCGCGUUGAGGAAGAGGUAUUUGGAAUCAGUUUUGAAACAGGACGUCGGAUUUUACGACACGGAUGCAAGGACGGGAGAUAUAGUUUUUAGCGUCUCCACGGAUACACUCCUUGUCCAGGACGCCAUUAGCGAGAAGGUGGGAAACUUUAUCCAUUAUCUCUCAACAUUUUUGGCUGGAUUGGUGGUUGGUUUCGUGUCGGCAUGGAAGCUAGCUCUUCUAAGUGUUGCAGUGAUCCCAGGAAUUGCCUUUGCGGGUGGCCUAUAUGCAUAUACUCUUACAGGUCUCACUUCCAAGAGCCGUGAAUCCUAUGCGAAUGCUGGCAUCAUCGCCGAGCAGGCUAUUGCGCAAGUAAGAACGGUGUACUCAUAUGUCGGCGAGACCAAGGUUCUGGACUCAUAUUCAGAUGCAAUACAACACACCCUCAAACUUGGCUAUAAGGCCGGGAUGGCAAAAGGUUUGGGACUAGGAUGUACGUAUGGAAUCGCAUGCAUGUCUUGGGCACUUGUUUUCUGGUAUGCCGGUGUGUUUAUUAGGAGCGGACAGACAGAUGGCGGAAAGGCUUUCACCGCCAUUUUCUCCGCCAUUGUUGGUGGCAUGAGUUUGGGUCAGUCUUUUUCAAAUCUUGGAGCAUUCAGCAAAGGAAAAGCUGCUGGAUAUAAGUUAUUGGAAAUUAUUAAGCAAAAACCGACUAUAGUUCAGGAUUCUACAGACGGGAAGUGCUUGACGGAGGUCAAUGGAAAUAUCGAGUUCAAGGAAAUCUCUUUCAGUUACCCUUCAAGGCCAGAUGUAUUUAUCUUUAGAGAUUUCUCCAUUUUCUUCCCGGCUGGAAAGACGGUUGCAGUCGUUGGAGGUAGCGGGUCUGGUAAAAGCACUGUUGUUUCCCUGAUAGAAAGGUUCUAUGACCCUAAUCAAGGGCAAAUAUUGCUAGAUAAUGUGGACAUUAAGACUCUGCAACUACGAUGGUUGCGUGAUCAAAUUGGUCUUGUGAACCAAGAACCUGCACUCUUUGCCACUACGAUACUUGAAAACAUACUUUAUGGAAAACCAGAUGCAACUACAGCUGAAGUCGAAGCUGCGACCUCUGCUGCCAAUGCUCAUAGCUUCAUCACCUUGCUUCCUAAUGGCUAUCACACCCAGGUUGGGGAGAGAGGAGUUCAGCUAUCCGGUGGUCAAAAACAGAGAAUCGCGAUUGCUAGAGCAAUGUUGAAAAAUCCCAAAAUCCUCCUCCUUGAUGAGGCAACCAGUGCCCUUGAUUCGGGUUCUGAGAGCAUCGUUCAAGAAGCUCUUGAUCGUCUAAUGAUCGGAAGGACAACUGUUGUGGUUGCACAUCGUCUCUCUACUAUAAGAAACGUUGAUUCAAUCGCAGUCAUUCAACAAGGCCAGAUCGUGGAGACUGGAACCCACGAAGAGCUGAUUUCAAAACCCGGGGCAUACGCUUCCUUAAUUCGAUUCCAAGAAAUGGUGGGAAACCGAGACUUCUCAAAUCCUUCGACCCACCGUACACGUUCAUCACGAUUGAGUCAUUCAUUGUCAACAAAAUCUCUUAGCCUCCGGUCUGGAAGCUUAAGAAACUUAAGCUAUCAGUACAGCACCGGUGCAGAUGGUCGUAUAGAAAUGAUUUCAAAUGCUGAAACCGAUAGAAAAAAUCCAGCUCCGAGUGGGUAUUUCUUCCGUCUUCUGAAGAUGAAUUCUCCCGAGUGGCCUUAUUCCUUAAUGGGUGCUGUCGGCUCGAUUCUAUCUGGAUUUAUCGGUCCAACUUUCGCCAUCGUGAUGAGCAAUAUGAUUGAAGUUUUUUAUUUCAACAACCCCGCUCGCAUGGAGAGAAAGACCAAAGAGUACGUUUUCAUCUACGUUGGAGCAGGUCUAUAUGCCGUUGUUGCAUACUUGAUCCAGCAUUACUUCUUUAGUAUCAUGGGAGAGAACCUUACCACAAGAGUAAGAAGGAUGAUGCUUUCAGCGAUCAUGAGAAAUGAAGUUGGAUGGUUCGAUGAAGAGGAGCAUAACUCUAGUCUAGUUGCGGCUCGGCUAGCAACAGAUGCAGCAGACGUGAAAUCCGCCAUAGCCGAGAGGAUCUCGGUUAUAUUACAGAACAUGACAUCUCUUCUCACUUCAUUUGUAGUUGCAUUCAUUGUGGAAUGGAGGGUCUCACUUCUCAUUCUUGGCACCUUCCCUCUUCUUGUCCUUGCCCAUUUUGCUCAGCAACUUUCUCUCAAAGGUUUCGCCGGAGACACAGCAAAGGCGCAUGCCAAAACGAGCAUGAUUGCAGGUGAAGGAGUAAGCAACAUUCGGACCGUCGCAGCCUUCAACGCCCAAGACAAGAUCCUCUCUCUAUUCUCCGCCGAACUCCGUGUCCCCCAGAAACAAAGCCUUCGUCGAAGCCAGUUUUCUGGCAUGCUCUUCGGUAUCUCCCAACUCACUCUCUUUGCAUCCGAAGCCCUAAUCCUCUGGUACGGUGCCCACCUCGUUUCCGAAGGUCUUUCCACCUUCUCGAAAGUCAUCAAAGUAUUCAUUGUCUUGGUCAUCACCGCAAACUCGGUAGCUGAAACAGUCAGCCUCGCUCCGGAGAUCAUCCGAGGCGGUGAAGCCAUCGGCUCGGUCUUUUCCAUUCUCGAUAGAUCAACACGAAUCGACCCCGAUGAUCCCGAUGCCGAUCCCGUCGAAACGAUUCGCGGUGAGAUCGAGCUACGUCGUGUUGACUUCUCGUACCCGUCACGUCCGGACGUCAUUGUUUUUAAGGAUUUCAGUCUUAGAAUACGGGCUGGCCAGAGCCAAGCUCUGGUCGGUGCUAGCGGUUCAGGGAAAAGCUCGGUCAUUGCAUUGAUCGAGCGUUUCUACGACCCGACCGCCGGAAAAGUCAUGAUUGAUGGAAAAGACAUCCGGCGGUUGAAUCUAAAAUCUCUCCGUUUGAAAAUCGGACUCGUCCAACAAGAACCCGCGCUAUUUGCCGCAAGCAUAAUGGAGAACAUCUCGUACGGAAAAGACGGAGCUACCGAGGCAGAAGUUAUCCAAGCCGCAACCGCCGCAAACGUGCAUACAUUCGUUAGCGGUUUACCAGAAGGGUAUAACACUCCGGUGGGCGAGAGAGGUGUUCAACUCUCGGGCGGACAAAAACAAAGAAUCGCAAUAGCACGAGCCAUUCUCAAAAACCCGACAAUUCUACUUCUCGACGAAGCAACCAGCGCUCUAGAUGCCGAAUCAGAGUGCGUGCUCCAAGAAGCACUCGAACGGCUCAUGAGGGGUCGAACUACGGUGGUGAUUGCUCACCGCUUAUCAACGAUCCGAGGCGUGGACAAUAUCGGUGUGGUCCAAGAUGGUCGAAUCGUCGAACAAGGAAGCCAUGGUGAGCUAAUAAGCCGACCAGAAGGGGCUUACUCGAGGCUGUUGCAGCUACAACAACAUCGCGUAUGAAAGAAAAAUUAAUUAAAAAUGGUUGGUUUUACGUAGAAGGAAAAAUAGUAAAUUGUGCAUGUUUUUGAUAUCCGAUCCGAUCCAAUCAACCAUUUCUGAUAAAUCCCAUUUGCUUAGGUGAUGUUUAAGCUUGGGAUUCAUUUGGUUGCAUGGUAACUACCCUCCCACCCAACAUCUUGUAAUUGAAUGCUUGUUAUAUUAUUAUAAUUAUAUACUUUUUCCUAA